UACAACCUGCUGAGCAGCAGCAUGGAGAGCCUGGGGAGCCGUGCGACCUCCGCCAGCCCCUACAGCUCCGAGAACGCCUCCUCGUCGGCCGUGCCCACCCCCUCACCCUACUCCCAGCCCAACUCCACCUUCGAGGGCCUGUCCCCUGCCCCUGCCAUCCCCUCCAACACCGACUAUCCUGGACCGCACACCUUCCAGGUGUCCUUCCAGCAGUCCAGCACCGCCAAGUCUGCCACAUGGACUUACUCGCCCCUGCUGAAGAAGCUCUACUGUCAGAUUGCUAAGACCUGUCCGAUCCAGAUCAAACUGUCCGCCUCUCCUCCACAUGGCAGCAUCCUCAGAGCCAUGCCCGUUUACAAGAAGGCGGAGCACGUCACAGAGGUGGUCAAGCGCUGCCCCAAUCAUGAACUGGGACGAGAUUUUAAUGACGGUCAAGCAGCCCCAGCCAGUCACCUGAUCCGGGUGGAGGGGAACAACCUCUCUCAGUAUGUGGACGAUCCUGUCACUGGCCGACAGAGCGUCUUCGUGCCCUAUGAGUCUCCUCAGGUGGGGACUGAGUUUACCACCAUCCUGUAUAACUUCAUGUGCAACAGCAGCUGUGUGGGUGGCAUGAACAGAAGACCCAUCCUCAUCAUCAUCACUUUGGAGACCAGGGAUGGUCAGGUCUUGGGCAGGAGGUCGUUCGAAGGUCGGAUAUGUGCGUGUCCUGGCAGAGACCGCAAAGCCGAUGAGGACCACUUCAGGGAACAACAGGCCCUGAAUGAGAAUGUGGCCAAAAAUGGCAGUGCCAGUAAGCGCAACUUCAAACAGAGUCCGCCGAAUAUCCCGAGUCCAAAUAUUAACAUGAGGAAGAGACGACACGGAGAAGAAGAGAUUUACUACAUUCCUGUUCGUGGCAGAGAGAACUUCGAGCUGCUGAUGAAGAUUAAAGACAGUCUGGAGCUGGUGGAGUUGGUGCCGCAGCCGCUGGUGGACUCCUAUAGACAACAAACGCAGCAGCAACUGCUGCAGAGGCCGAGUCAUGUGUCAUCCCCCUCCUCUUACUCACCAAUGUCCAACAUGAACAAGCUUCAUGCCCACGGAGGCCUGAGCAAACCGCCUUCAGUCAACCAGCUGGUGGGGCAGCAGCCCCAGCAGCACCCCACUGUCCCCACCUCCAUAGCUCAUAUGGGUUCAAACAUGCUCAACAGCCACCACAUGCAGGCAAACGGUGAUAUGAACGGGGGCCACAGCAGUCAGACUCUAAUGUCUGCCUCCCACUGCAGCCCGCCCCCUCCGUAUAACCCUGACCCCAGCCUCGUCAGUUUCCUGACCAGUCUCGGCUGUCAGAACUUCGUCGAGUACUUCACCUCCCAAGGCUUCCAGUCGAUCUACCAUCUUCAGACUCUCACCAUGGAGGAUUUAGGCGCGCUGAAGAUACCAGAGCAGUCCCGCCACGCCAUCUGGAGAGGUCUGCAGGACAUGAAACAUGGCGCUCCCAUCCAGCUGCCCGCCCCUAACCAUCACCAUGACUACCAAGGACAGCAGCUCCUCCGCUCCAGUAGCAACAUGGCCGCCUCAGCGAUGGCUGCCAUCGGUGCUUCUGGUGGGGAACUGCAACGCCAGCGCGUCAUGGAGGCCGUGCACUUUCGCGUCCGCCACACCAUCACCAUCCCCAACAGGGCGGGUGUCGUUGGGACGUCAGGUAUGGCGGCACCUGGUGAUGAGUGGGCUGACUUUGGUUUCGACAUGCCCGACUGCAGAAUGUCACGUAACAAACACUCCAUCAAGGAGGAGUUCAUGGAAAGUGACGUUCACUGAGGCUGAAAAGAAUCUCGGGACUGUUUUGACAGCGUUAUUGUCACAAUCAGCCUAAUUGCAUCGUACUCCAAUGUGGAUCGGCUCUUUAUAUGUGCAGGUAGGGGUUUCUACCAGUGAUCUUGCAGAGAAUCAGGUUUUGUUUAGAAUGUUUUUCAGUGUAUGAAUGCAAAUUUCCUGUGCUUUCUUUAUUUUGUGCAUGAACACUUGCUCCAUCCAGGACUUUGAACAUGAGAUACCACAAAAUAUGUAUCAAGUUCUCCGUGCGUACACCACUGCGACAAUACAACUGUCAAGGCAAUGCCAAUGGAAGAACACAUUGUUUGAACAGUAAGUUUUCUGACUCUAAUGAUCGCAGGUGACAAGUGAGGAAUAUCAAAUAUUCUGGGAGGCGGGAUGUUGUUUGGUCUCACAGUGCAAUAAUAGAUUCAACAUAUUUUCUAACAGUCCAGACAUUUAUAGUGAACAUCAACUGUAGCAUUGAAUAGUUUUAAUUUGUAUCUUUUUCUUUUAUCAUAAACCUAGUUCUCAGCUGCCUUAUUUAUUGCUCUUUCAGUUUUACUUCACUUGUGCAAAUGUAUAUACUGUAGCUUGUAAAUGUUUUAGACUAGCUGGGUUGAAAAAGGGUAUUUAGCAUCAAAAUGAAAACUUGUGUUUCCUGUUUGAACCAAAUGUACAGAGGCGAUUGGUAAAUCAGUUAUGGGAUCACCUAGUAGUGUAUAUUAUAAUGGAAAAGAUAACUUGAUGACUUCUAGUUCAGUAUGCCCUUAUCAUUUCAAUGUUCAAAUUUAUUAAAUGGGAUUUGGUAUGAAUAGCGUGUAUUCCAUCCAAGUCAACAAGUAAAAUCAAAAGUAAAACAUUGCAUCCAUUACCUUUUUACUGUGGGAGGUGUUGUAUUUAUAUAUACUAGUAUGGAAACACACUACAAAACAGCUGAGAGGCAAAAUAUCAAAAGCAGUAUUAUAUCUUAAUAGAAGGGAUUCAAUCAGAGUUGUGAAAAAUACAUUAAGAGUGGCAUCCCUGUUUACGACACUAGACAAGACAGUAGUAUGUGUCUACUUUUGGAUGCAUUUUGAAUAAAACCUUGCGGGGCAGGGUCCUCAUACUAGCUGUGUGUUUCUUCAUAGCACUUGUUCGUGGAUAUUUAAUCAUUAACAACAUUCCAGUUUCAAUCCAUUGCCAUCAACAUGAUUGAUCAUUGUGCAAUUUUAGUAUGGUGUCAAAUUUGUUUUUAGUAAGUAGCUGACUUUGCACCAUGACAAUAAUCUCUACCUGAGAUGCAGUAAUUUUUCCAUGGCCCUCAUACGUUCACACUUCCACCGGCUAACACCAACUGGUCAAAGACAGAGCACUUUAAGGCUUUAGGUAAAAGGAUUUAGGAUUAUUUGUGCUUAUAAUCAGUAUUAUGCAUUGUCAUAGUGUAAAUAGAAAUAGUGCUUUGUUUUGAUAUUCCAGGUAAGUUUUUUUUUAUAAAUAUAUAGAGAUCAUUAAGAUGUUUGUAACUAUUGCUGUUCAUCAAUGUCUAUUGGUUUCUAAGGUUGUAAAGUUCAGUGUGUUUUUUUUCUUAAAACCGUGGAUAUUAAAAUAUUUGGCGUC